AGAUUGCAAAAGGUUCACGCCGGGACUUGUCUUGGAUUGAGAAAGACCGUAGUCUGCAGCUCCUUCCUGGUUUACAAAAUGCUCGCCCGAAGAGGAAUGAUAACUGUGAGCGAGGCUGCCAGCUUGUCCGAAUCCCAGACCCAUUUCAAGGCCCUGAAGCCAUGGUGGGACGUUCUCAUGGAUUAUCUUCUUGUUCUUAUGCUCAUGGCGUCCUUCUUUUCUGCCACGCUUCUUGUGACAACGGAUAAGGUUGUGUGCAUGCCAAAGACGGAGGAGCCUGACAGGUCCUUAUCAAGUGGCUUUAUUGAAGCAGGAAUUAAGCCUUCUUCAGCUCCAAGAGCGAUUGGCCAUUCAACCAACUUGGACUAUCAGCAAUACAUGUAUGUGAGUGUCGUUUGUUACCACAAGGUGGUACCUUGGCAGUCCAAAUAUUUCCCUUACAUGAUACUUAUCAACACCUUGGUUUUACUGGUCAGCAGCAAUUUUUGGUUUAAGUACCCCAAAACCUCAUCGAAAGUUGAGCACUUUCUUUCCAUUUUGGCCAAAUGCUUUGAAUCUCCGUGGACCACUAAAGCACUUGAGGAGACUACCGACCAACCUCCACCAGGGAUUAACCGUGCAAAAUUCAGUAGCACGCGCUCUGCGGACUAUUCCCCUAGAACGCCACUUCUCAGUGAAGUUCGAUUUCCUGCCAUUCAGCUCCCAGUCUCCACCAUAUUGGAUAAAAAGGAGGAAGAACAGGCUAAAGCUUUGUUUGAGAAGAUACGACAUUUCCGUAGCCAUGCCGAAAACUCGGAUGUUGUCUACAGAGUCUACGUAGGACAGACCGUGUUUAAAGUGAUCAUAGACGCAUUAGUGCUUGGGUAUGCACUGAGCUUGAUGGGCUCGUUCAGUUUCCAGCAUACCUGUAAACCUGGUAUACGGAACUUCAUGGGGUAUUCCAUUUUCACCUGCACACACAACUUGGCCUUCAUACUUGAAAAAAUUCUGUUGACUUAUAUUCUGCUUCUCUGCCUAUAUGCCUUUUUGUCCCUUUAUGCCCUAUUUUGGCUGUUCAGAAGUUCACUCAAGACCUACACUUUUCAAAAACACAGCGACGAGACUGGAUUUGGAGACAUUCCUGACAUCAAGAAUGACUUCGCCUUCAUGUUGCACAUGGUGGACCGCUACGACUCCUUGUACUCCAGACGAUUUUCUGUAUUUCUCUCGGCCGUGAGUGAAGAGCGGCUCCGAGAGCUUGCACUCAACUCUGAAUGGUCAACGGACAAGUUGAAAGAUACAAUUACAAGGGAUGCCAAAGGACAUUUUGAACUGCAGCUUUCAAUGUUACCAGCAAUACCAAAAUCUGUUUAUGAACUGAAUGAGGUUGAGGUUCUCAAGCUGGAAUUGAUCUCAUCUGCAAGGUUUCUAGGAGCGGUGUCCCAGCUUAAGUCGCUUUCCGAGCUCCACAUCAGCCAUUGUUCUCUCAAACUGGACCCUGACGCGCUUAGAGUUCUCCAACAGCGGGUGAAAAUUCUUUAUGUUAGAUUCACAGACUUGGAGGAGCUUCCAUCUUGGAUGUACUGUUUAAAAAACUUACAGGAGCUGUACCUAUCUGGCAACCUCAGCUGUUCCAGCAACAAGACCAUCCGUCUACAAUCCCUGCACGGGCUUGGUAGCCUACGAUCUCUUUCUCUGACGAGCAACUUAUCCCACAUACCAUCAGCUGUGAUGGACGUGGCUGGCCAGCUGUCAAAGCUCAGCAUACAGAAUGGAGACACUGAGCUUGACUCAUUGGGCCAGCUAAGAAAGAUGAACCGCCUGGUGACCCUCAAUCUCAGCCAUUGCAAGAUCUCAAAAAUACCUAGUGCAAUUUCUGGCUUAACAAGCCUGCAAUACAUAGAUUUGUCAUCCAACCUCAUCCGGAAUGUUGCAGAACUUGAUACUCUUCAACGUCUUCGAAGUCUUACCAUAUUAAGAUUGUGUCACAAUGCCAUAUGUCGGCUUCCACCAUCCAUUGCAUUUUUGCUUAAUUUGGAGGAACUUUCCAUCUCCCAUAAUAAGCUUGAUAACUUGCCAGUUCCUCUCUUCAACCUGGUGAGGUUGAGAUAUUUAGAUGUAAGCUAUAACCUUAUCAGAGUUAUCCCUCCAGAAGUUGGUCACCUCACACGGCUGGAGACGUUGGCAGUUACGGCCAAUCAGAUCUCUUCCCUGCCGCACGAGCUGUUCCGCUGCUCUAGGCUCAGGUCUCUCCACGCAGGUUCUAAUAAACUUUCCAGUAUACCCUCCCAGAUUGGACAGCUGCCUUUGUUGUCUAGCUUGGAGCUCACAGGGAACAACCUGACAACCUUGCCGGAGGAGAUCAGCAACUGCUCACAAAUGAAGAAAGGGGGACUGGAUGUGGAGGAGCAUGUGUUGGCAAGCUUACCUGGAGAACUGAGGGCCAAGUAUAUGUAAAUGGUUAUCCUCUAUAAGACCAU